AUGUCUAUCAUUCUUGAAGACCACCAGCCUCCUGGGCUCACUCGUCUCGGCCCUACUUGGUAUCAUGAGAUCCCGUUCUUGCCACAUGGAUGGGAGACCACCAAUGACCACGGAUCUGGCUCACUCAAACAUGCCGCAUUGAAAUCCCUCGUGCGGGAUCAGUCAGCAUUGAGGCCUGAGUUAUUUGAGCAUGUCCCUUGGUACUUGGCAAAAUACAUCUGGGACGCCCUUGGGAGAUGUCUGAUAGAGUUCAGCAACAAGCAAACCAUGCACAUGUGGAAGAUCAUGACCACCAUGUAUCCCACACAGUUUCAUGAGCUCAGUCGCCAUUAUUGCCUCAGCGCUGGAUGCCCGAAAAAGCCCCUUGAGGACUACAUGAACAUUCUCAAAAGUGAUGGCUUUCGCUGGCGAGCCAUCUUAACCAUCGCAACUGCCUUUUGCUCAGCUGCAGACCUGACGGCCAUUUCUAAAAUCAGAAAUCUGGUGGCAUUGGACGUUUACAGUCAACCUUACUCCUCGAGACCCACCCUUGACCCCAUGGGUGUUAAUCACGACGGUCUUCCCCUACAAGAUGGAUUUGUACGUGGGUGGAUCGAAUCUAAUGAACUACAACACCUUCGAGUCCUCAGACUCUAUAACCAACAUGAGGUGACCACUUCAGCCCUAAGGUCGCUACGCAAUUUACCGGAGCUCCAGCUCGUUUUAGCAUACGAAUGUGACAGGAUCACUAGAUACAUCAAGAAGUCAGGUAAGCCUGCGAAUGGGAUCGAGGUUGACGUUGAAGGCUGGUCCGCUUGCAGACUCGAUUGGCUCUGGCACAGUGAGAAGAAGACCAAGAGCCUCAACCAUAUCAUGCCUCUGCUUCACGCCUACGAAUCCAAUAUCCAGCCAGCGACAAACGGACAGACUAGGCCAUCGUCGCUAAGUACCGAUCUACCUAUCUUGGAGUUCAAGCUCCCAACCAUUGAUCACAGCAAAAAGGAGAUGCUGGCUAUUCGCUCAAAUUACAGCUCCAUGUCGAUUGUUAUGUUCACGCGAGACCCUGUGAGACAGAGGAUGGACGGAGAGAGGAAACAGAAGCGUGAAAGGGAGCGCAAAGCCUCGGAUGCGCCUGAAGGGAGCAACCGGCCUUUCAAGCGGGCUGUCAUGAAGGACAGAGGAGUCGAUAUCUCAAAGACGCUAAAUGACUUUUUCUAA